AUGAAUUCGCAAAGACGUGCUCGUCUGGUCUGUUACCGCUGCCACAGCAAAAAGAUCAAGUGCGAUCUCGCCCAGCAGUCUCAGUCGCGGUCUUGUCGCCACUGUACCCAGGCCAAGGCCGCCUGCCAACUCCGGCCGUCGAAACGAGGCCUCGGCAAACGACGCGUCCCGCGCGAUGUCGCCCUCGAUCCCCCGGUCGAAGAGGCUCGAGAAAAUAUCGCCACGCAGCACUCAGCGCCAUUCUGGAGCCCCGUGGCAAGACAUGCCGUAGCCGCAAGUCAGAUCCCAUCGCCAGACUCAAUACAGAGCAACCAUGGCAACCAGGACCCAGACGAGGACUGUCUACCCGUCAACCAGGCCAGCUGCUUUGGUGACACGGGGUAUAUGCAAUUGCUCAGCCGCGAUGUCGCCAAUUAUGCCCCAACACCUGCAACCGGUAGCCAGCAGUCGAUCCUGGUCCCUGCCUCGAAUAGUAACAUCACAAUUUCUCCUCCAUUACAAGCAAGCUUCCUCGAAAGCUACGCUGAAUACUGCCACACCUGGUGCCCUGUCCUCGACCAAGACCUGCUCCUCACCCAUAUCGACCACUCCCCCCUGCUCCAGCAUGCCCUCGCCCUUUGCUGCAACCGCGUCAACCCCCCGCUUAUCCGUGCCCGCGACUCAGCGGACUACUACGCCGUAGCCAAGGCGCAUUUCCACAGCGGCGCGGAGAAGAACGGCCUCGUGCUCCUGGCCUCCAUCAUGCUCUUCUGGUGGUGGAGCACUGGCUCUGCCACCUUGGUAAGCAUGGACAACGCCUGGUGGUGGACAGGCAUCGCCAUCCGCAUCGCCCAGGAAAUGGGUCUACACCGCGAACCCCCUUCAACCCUCCCGCAGUCAACGGCGGGCCUGCGCCGCCGCAUCUGGUGGACGCUCUUCAUCCGCGACCGCAUCCUCGCCCUCUCGCAGGGCCGCCCUACAAACAUCGACCAGGACUUUUGCACCGUGGAGAUGUCCCUCCCGGCCUCCAUCACACUCAACAUCCGCUCCCCACGCACCCUCUCCUUCAACCGCGACAUUCACCGUCUCCAUCUUAGCUACCUGACCGCGGUCAUCCUGCUCAAUCUCACGCACUCCCAGGACUCUUCCCCGCUGCCGCGCGCCUCCGAGGUCGCCAUCAUCGCCGCCUCGUGCAUCGCCCGUCUCUGGGAAGACUACCUCGCCCGCGGGAACAUCCGCUUUCUCUCGGGGGACGCGGGGUGGGAGAUUGCUGUUGCGCUGCUUGCACUCUUGGACGCGCGGCGCGUCGAGGCCCUGCGUGUGCCGGCAAGCGCGGAUAUCGAAACACUCCGCACGGCGCUCUGCGAGAUGGCGCGCCUGUGGCCGUCGUCGCGGAUGUUCGAAGUCGCCUUUUACAGGCUUUUCGAUGAGUGCCAUGGCGCAGCGGAGCAUGUCGGCCAGGGUCAAGAACCAGCGGACCCUCUACUAAUGGCGCGAGACAAUCCAGCAAUUGACCCUGAUAAUUAUAAUGAUAAUAAUGCCGCCGAAACAAGCGCCUCCUCCCCCACAACCACAGACUGGAUGGAAUACUUCCCCUUCAUAACGGGCGCCACGAGCGCGCUCAUUGACGCUGUCCUCGCGCGCAAUCCGUCUUCGUUGGCAGUAUUCACGGGCCCGCUGUGGCCGCUUGACAUCAACGAAGCGCUGCAGGCGUUCUUGGCGCAGCCGGGGGUGGAUUGGGAGGAGGGUGUCGGGGUUGAUCUAAUAAGUGGUGGGCUGUAA